GCCCGGUUGGUUGCGCCACUAGGGUACAUUCACUAUUCUCAACGGAGGCGUGUGGCGCGGCGCUCGUUUCGCGAACGCCGCUUGUUGACAACGAAAAUGGCGUUCAACUUCGUUGCGCUGUGCUACAUCGUAGCUCUUAUUCUCACGGCGUUCCUCAUAUUUAUGGCCGUGUUUCACGUCAUCGCUUUCGACGAACUGAAGAACAACUACAAGAACCCCAUCGAGCAGUGCGACAGCCUGAACCCGCUGGUGCUUCCCGAGUACUUUGUGCACAUUCUCUACAAUGUGCUUUUCCUCUGCGCGGGCGAGCUCUUCACUGUGCUGCUUAAUCUGCCACUCAUCGCCUACCACAUCAACAGGUACCGGCAGCGUCCCGUGAUGAGUGUGCCUGGCCUGUACGACCCAACGAGCAUAAUGAACGCCGACCAGCUGAGCCGGGCGAUGCGGGAGGGAUGGAUCAAGCUGGCCUUCUACUUGCUCUCCUUCUUCUACUACCUCUAUGGCAUGAUCCACUCCCUCAUUGCUGUGGAGUGAGCUCAAGCCACACCCGGGGAAAGACAGUGGCAGCGCAUUCCUCCCCCGAUUGGCUGUCGCCUUCGUGAAGCAAGGCUCUGACUUGGCAGAGUUGCUGGCAAAGAAGGUGCAGCGUGCCCUGUGCCGGAACUGUUUUUUCUGCAGACCGGAGGUUGCGCCCUUUCCCACAUCGGAGUGUGUGCUGUGUUUCUUGUGCCCAUGUACAGCUGUGUGUCUGCUGCCCUGCUGGUUCAAGAUUGUGUGGGACCUCUACCUGGCCUCCUGUGCUUAAGAAACGAUAGUAAAAUAUUCUAGCUCAA